AUUUCGGAGUAACGCGUGGUUUGGGACGGUUGGAUCAUCACCUGGCACCUGCUCCAGCUUCAGUAGCGGAUGCGUUGAAUGGAUUCGCGAGUGCAUUGUUGGAUAGCGAUUCGAUUUUGUUUCUUGUUUCUGAGAGGAGUGCUGAGGCGAAAUUUGAGUAUCGCGGGGGUGGAUUUGUGGUGAGGAGAUGAGGAGGUCUGCGAGUUCGAGAGAGAUGCAAACGAAAAGAUAGUUUUAUGACGGGAUGCUGGAGCAACGAGUGAAGAAACUGUCCUGAAAAAGUGUGAUCCAGCAAUACAGCGUUCAAGAGGAUGACUCGACAGGAGAAUGAUGUAAACACUGCUUACCAUUGUUUGUGAUCAGACAAAGGAAGACAGGUUUGCAUCACUGCAGUUUUGCGGAUAGAAUAAGUUUAGGUAGUAUGCCAUACGCUGAGGAUACAAAAUGGCACUGGAUAUGCGACAGAACCAACGUCUCACACAGGAGGCUAUGAGACACUAUUUAUCGGAAUGUAAGCGGACAAAGGGAAAGGCUGAUAUGGUUGUUGUGAUUUUCCAUGCCAAAGUUGCGCAAAAAUCUUACGGAACUGAGAAAAGAUUCUUCUGUCCACCACCAUGUGUUUACUUGAGAGGAAACGCCUGGGCGAUGCGCCAGGAGCAGAUGCGCCGAGACGGCGAGUCCGAGCAGUCGUCUCAACUAUGCGCCUUCAUUGGUAUAAUCGGUAACGCUGAUCAGGACGUACAGCAGCUCGACCUCAACAACGAGGAGCAGUACUGCGCUGCCAAGACACUCUUCAUCUCGGACUCGGACAAGCGCAAGCAUUUCAUGCUCUCGAUCAAGAUGUUCCACGGCAACGGCCAUGACAUCGGCGUUUUUCUCAGCAAUCGCAUAAAGGUCAUCUCCAAACCGUCGAAGAAAAAGCAGUCGCUCAAGAACACAGAACUGUGUAUCGCUAGCGGUACGACCGUCGCUCUAUUUAAUAGAUUGAGGUCGCAAACUGUCAGCACGAGGUACUUGCACGUGAACGGCGAUCAGUUUCACGCUAGCUCAACGCAGUGGAGCACUUUUACCAUUUAUCUGUUGGACGAUGACGAGAGCGAGAACGAGGAUUUCGAAGCUAAGGAUGGAUAUAUCCACUAUAAUAGUACCGUGAAACUGGUGUGCAAAGAUACUGGGAUGGCUCUGCCAAGACUGAUCAUUCGCAAGGUAGACAAAUCAAUGGCAAGCUUGGACGCCGACGAUCCGGUAUCUCAGCUACACAAGUGCGCUCUGUUUCUGAAAGACACGGAUCACAUGUAUCUGUGCUUAUCGCAGGAAAAAAUUGUGCCAUUCAAUGCAACCCCUUCGCCAAAAGAAGCCAACAAGCACAUGAUCAACGACGGCGCCUGCUGGACCAUCAUCAGCACCGAGCGCGCUGAGUACACGUUCUAUGAAGGCAUGGGCCCGGUACAAGCACCGGUUACUCCGGUACCAACAGUCCAGUAUCUCAAUCCUAUGGGCAGCGUCGACGUUGCCAUGUUGGAGCUCAAGGGAGAUAAUUUCGCGCCAAACCUUCAGGUAUGGUUCGGCGACAUGGAAGCAGAAACCUGGUACCGAACGGAGCAGAGUAUGGUCUGCGUCGUGCCGGAUAUCAGCGAGUUUCAGGGCAAUUGGUCUUGGAUCAAUCGGGGAACCGAGGUACCAGUUUCAUUAGUACGCAACGACGGGAUAAUCUACGCCACUGGUCUAACAUUCAACUACAAUCUCGAGCUCGGACUUCGAAAAAGAGCAGCUCUUCAACUUGCCGCCUCUGCAGCGGCUACAUUACCACAACCAGCUGUAGGCGACCUACCGUGGAUGCACCAGCAGCAGCUACCGCCGCAGCAACAUCAGCAGCACAUACCGCAAUUCCCACUUUGAUGAGAAUAAUAUUGGCCAUAAAGAAAAAAAUGUACCUGUUGAUCGAUCUGUAUUUUUUGAUGAUCUUUUAAAGACGACGCCUGUUGCCAUGUUAUAGAGUAGAAAAUGAGGUUUCGAAAGACUUAUUUUUUAAACGACAUUUUGGCACUGUUGAUUUCGCAGUUUACUGCGAAUUUCGAGCCUAAAGUUUUUUUAUACAUACUUGUAUAUAAGGAGGAACUUACGAUCUCAAUGAAAGUUAGCAUAAUUAAAGAAUAUGUGAUAUUUUAUUACAGUUUUUAGCCGUAAUUUUAAACUAUCUGUGAAAACCCGUUUUAUACUCUUAUAUAAUUCUUUUUUUACUAUUUCUUCUUUUAUACUUUGGUAGCAAACGACUAGCUGUAUCUUAUUUUAGUUUCUUGUAUUUUUUCAUCACUAUGAUUUACGUCUUUAUCGUCUUAAUUUAAUUGAAAAAUAAGAAUAAAAUAAUUUUUAUUUUAAUAAAAA